UCUCAGUGGCUGUCGGAAAAUGCAGCUAAGUUCGAGGCGGCUAAAUUGGAGCGUUGCAAAAAGGCCAAAGUCACAAUCCCCGAAUUUAGGGCCCUGUUGGCGCGAUGGGAGGAAUUGUUGAGCAGUGGCUGUGGCGAUUCGGCGGAAGCUCGAGAUCUGCAGGCUCGAUGCAGUGAUCCUGAACUUCUCGACAACGUCAAACGACGACUAUCUCGGCUAGAGAAGAAAAAGAGAAGUCGUCCAAUGAUGUGUACUUACUCAAAACUCUUCACUUCCGCCAUCUGA